CCGUGUCUGCAGCGCAGCGGCGCCUUGGGAGCAGCCGUGGCGCCCGGCGGCAGUGCCACAGCUGGGGGCCCCGCGUGUGUCGGCUGGCGUGCGCUCCGCCGCACCUUGCCCUCUGUCCGCGGCCGCAUCUGACCCAAGCACUUGGUGUUUCCUGAGGUGUUGAGGCAAGUUCCACAGCAGAUGCUUUACUUAACGUGGGUCAUUUCCUUGCCCGAUGUGAAACGUCAGCUCUUCAAAACCCUCUGUCAGUGGGGCCGACCGGUCCGUGCCGAGCCUGCACCCCGUGUCCGAGGCGGCAGGCUGUCUGCAGUGACCCGAGGUAGACGAUGACCUUGGGGUGCCUGGAUGGCCCAGUCAGAAGAGCGGGUGACCCUUGAUCUCGUAGUCGUGAGUUUGAGCCCCACAUCGGGUGUAGAGAUUGCUUAAAACAAAUAAACACUUCAACCACAACAACAAAAAAGACGAACUUGAUCUGUGGGUCCACGCAUCUGACCCCGUGUCCACGUUGUUCUCCCUCAGAGGCGUCACCGGCCCCUCGCGCUCAUGUGGAGCCCUCGGUGAAGGGCAGUUGGGUGUCCCCAGUGGUUGGCCCACCUGAACCGCUGAGGGCAAGCCGUGUUGGGAGUCUCUUAAUCCAGGGACGAAGCCCUGACCAAAGUCAGGCUGCACGGACAGAGGGGAAGGGGUCCUGGGUGGUCUUGCGAAGACCAUUCCCAGCAUCUCUGUCCCCAAGAAACUUCCCCAGGCCUGUGUUUGAGCCUGGAAGCUUGUGAAUGCAGCCGAACGGUCUGGGUCUGAGGCUGGGGUGGUCGUCGGUAUGUCGAGGGCAUCACGGGGGCAGGCUGCUGUGGGGACAAGGCCCGGCGUCUGGGUUGUGGCUUUGUGGGUAGAGAGGUGUGGCUGUGGGCCUGGGCCUCCCUCCAGGGGCAGUGGGUGUCUGGGGCAGUAGGGUGUGGACUGGAGAGCGGGGUCCCUUUGAUGGUUUUCCAGGCAGCUCCCGUGCUCAUUGGGGGAGCCGAGGCCCUGAGAGGACCCACAGGAUGCAGGGAGAGGAGGCACUGGAAAGCAGCUUCCCUGACACUGGACCUGAGCCCAAGGGGGCCGCGGCCCCCUGCAGAGCACAGCCCGGAAGAAGCUUACCAACCAGUGGGCCAGGGAACUGGUCCUUCCUGUUUGUGGUCGAGGUGCCUCGGGAUGGGCACAGAACCUCAUGGUUCAGGCACGGUUGGACCUGUUUGAGGCCUAUUGCUGUGUGGCUGCCCCGUCCCGCUUCAGAGGCCGUCCGCUGUAGGUCCACCUGCCUGUAGGACUGUGCUGGAGGCUGGCCAGUUGGCAGUGCCCACGCAGUAGCCAGUCCGGGAUGGUCCACUGCCCCCGGCACUCUGCGGACACUUCGAAGCCUCUGAGCAUGGGGCUAUCAGGAUGCAGUUGCUAGAAAAAGAGGCGCCUACGUGCCUUGUGCCCUCUUCAAGACCCAGGCAUUGGGACCUGAGUCUCUGACGGUGAUCUUGCAGUCGGCCGUCACCGCCCGCUGUUGUCCCUGAAGCUGACCAGCUCUGCCUGGACCAGGAGUGGGGACGGAUGACCCUGGGCAGACGCUCCUCACGUCUUCCCCACCAGGCGUGGCUCUGGGGGUGGCUCUGCCUGCAGCUGCCAACCGUGGACGUGGUCUGGGUCUAGAGUCUGCCUUUGUCAUUCCUGGCGGACGUCUGGAAAUUGAGGAGUUCCUGGAGGAGGACUCGUGCUGUCCUCCAGGCCUGGUGUGCCCCCACCUUCCUCGGCUCGGGGCUAGCCAUGGCUCUGACCGUCCGUCCGUCGGCCUGGUCCACCAAGGGGCAGCUGUCAGCCCACCUGGCCCCCGUCAUGUGGUGAUUGGCUCUGCAAGGCUUGGGUGGCUUCAGCUGGCCCCGGUCACCCUGUUGCCCGCCGUGUGCUGGUGGCUAAGGAAGGGCGCUAACUCUCCCUGGGGACCCGCGCACUGGUUUCUGGGUCCCACGGGGCAAGUCUUGCGCUCCGUCUCCUCGGACUUCUGUAACUCUCCCUGCCGGCUGGAGACAGCAGGAAGCGGAGAGGCCUGGUUGGGUGAGGGCACCCCUUCGGGCAGUAAGGUUUGGCCUUGUGCCCCAAGAAGAGGAGGGGGUGGAAGGACUCGGGGAAAGCCUCAGGCGGGCCGCCCACCAUAACGUUCUCUGAGGUCACUCAGUCCCCCCUCUCACUAGACAUGCUCACUCCAGUGGAGGGCCAGUGCCCAGGGUCAUCUAGGCCCGGAUGUGGCUGGGAGCCUGGUCGAACAGCUGUCUGUGCCAGGUCCUGCCUUUCUCAGGAGCAGGGUCUGACUGAACCAGGCUUCUGGGCAUCACCAGGACUCUUGGGUAGGGGGACCUCUGUCAGAGGGCCUGGAGGGGGCCUGGGGCAGGGCUGGAAGGAUCCGGAGGGCCUGAAUGAGGUGGGCCUUAGGAAGAGCAGGUGGGGCUGGCUGUCCUGAUGGAGGUUGUCCCUGCCCCUGGGCCCCCUGGAUACGAGGUGCUGGGAGCUUUUCUGGGAGCAGGGUGGGGUGAGUUCAUGUCAACAGUUUGCAGGGCCAGUCGGCCCUCCUGGAGAAGGGCGGGGGCUGUUUCCCCGGGGCAGGGAGCAGCCCCUUGCCACAGCCUAACGCCCCCGUCUCCGCCCCCGGGCUGGCAGGGGAGCCCCUGUUGGCUGGCAGAGCCCGCAGAGUGUGAGCCCUCCCCCUUGGAGCUUUGGGGCGGAGGGGAGGGUUUAUCUGGCGGCGUGCACGGGCAGCCGGGGCACUGCAUGUGAGGGAGGCGGGCGCCGGUCCCAGCCCGGGGGAUCCGGGGAUCGGGAGGGAGUGCGUCCCUGGAGUGGUCUGCCCCAGCCCGGGGCCUGUGCCGCCGCCCCAGGCUCACCCUGCCUGCAGUUGCAGGGAGGUGGCGAGGUGCCCCCUGGGGCUGUGUCUCCGCAGGGGGCCCUGAGUGCCGGCUGCACCCCUGCCCCCAUGAGCACACCUGGGGGUACCCGCUCACCGGGCUGAGCCGCCACCACUGGGGUCUGCAGCUGCUGGGCGCCAUGCACUGGGCCUGGGCGGCCGCUGCUGUGGCCCUCGGGCUGCAGCUCUUGCUCCUGGGGGGCGUUGGGGCGCGGCGGGAGCCCAAGAGGCCUCAGCAGCCCAGCCAGCGCACUGAGCCCCCCACCGCCACCACGUCCCACAGCGAGGGGCUGCUGGGCUCCCCCAAGCCACCUGAGGGCCUGGGGUCUGAGUUCUCAGACGCCCACAUGACCUGGCUGAACUUCGUCCGGCGCCCACAUGACGGGGCCUCCAAGAAACGGUGCCGGGGCCGGGACAAGAAGUCGCGAGGCCUCUCUGGCCCCCCCGGGCCGCCCGGGCCGCCUGGGCCCCCCGGGCCUCCCGGUGCCACAGUCACCCAGGAAGCCCUGCUGCGAGAGUUUCAGGAGAUGCUGAAAGAGGCCACUGAGCGCCGGUUCUUGGGGCUGCUGGGCCCAUCGCUGCCUGAGGGGACAGGGCAGCUGGUGGCCGAGGCCUUCCACUGCGCCCUGAAGGGCCCCCUGGUGGUGGACGAGAGGACGCUGGUGGAGCUGCAUGGCUUCCAGGCUCCCACGGCCCAGGGCGCCUUCCUGCGGGGGUCUGGCUUGAGCCUGGCCUCAGGCCGGUUCACAGCCCCGGUGACCGCCAUCUUCCAGUUCUCCGCCAGCCUGCACGUGGACCGCAGGGAGCCGCAGGGCAGGGCGCGGGCGCGGGCUCGCGACACCGUGCGGGUGCUUGUCUGCAUCGAGUCCCUGUGUCAUCGACACACGUCCCUGGAGGCCAUCUCGGGCCUGGAGAGCCGUGGCAGAGUCUUUACCGUGCAUGUGGAGGGGCUGCUGCAGCUGCAGGCUGGACAGUACGCCUCCGUCUUCGUGGACAACGGCUCUGGGACAGCCCUCACCAUCCAGAGUGGCUCCAGCUUCUCCGGCUUGCUCCUGGGCACGUGAGGGCCAGAUGGGGGACCCACAGGGCCCACCCACCCCCACUGUCCACUGCUAAACCUGUGGUCCCAGCAAUAAAGAGCUGUCAGC